AUGGUUUUACGGAAAAGUGCUAGAAACUUUGAUUUAUGUGUGUGUGUAAUCGUAGUAGCAGCAUGUCUUCAAAUAUCAACAGCAAUGACGAUCAGGUUGCAAGCAGGGAGACGGUCGUCCCAGGGACGUGUAGAGGUAUUCCAUAACAACACGUGGGGUACAGUAUGUGACGAUCAUUUCGACAAUAAUGCUGCAAAAGUGGUGUGUCGGAUGCUUGGUCUAUAUAAUAGUCGUAACUACAUCCUUGCUCGGACAAAUGCCUUUUUUGGAGCAGGGGAUAGAUCGAUGCCAAUCUGGUUAGACGAUGUCACGUGCGCAGGAUCAGAAUCAACCCUAGAUAACUGUCGCCUAAAGCCAUGGGGACAACAGAACUGUCGCCAUGGAGAAGACGUGGGUGUGGAUUGUAACGCGGCCCUUGAUGCAAACGUACUAUUGCGAUUACGAGACGGGACUAACUCCAGAGAGGGUCGUCUAGAGGUCUUUUAUAACAACACAUGGGGUACUGUAUGUGACGACGAGUUCGACGAUCAUGCUGCUUCGGUUGUGUGUACGGCACUUGGCUUAUCCACUUCGAAUGCCAUACCUAUCAGCAACGGUUACUUUGGUAACGGAACGCUGCCUAUCUUGCUUGAUGACUUGAAGUGUACUGGGACGGAACCGGGCUUGGGUGCAUGUGACCACAAACCCUGGGGACAGAGCAACUGCGGCCACAACGAAGAUGUAGGAGUGAUAUGUUACCAGGGACCACAGCCAUCAGUAGCCAAUGUUAACGUGCGUCUGCGUGGAGGUACAAGUCAGUACCGAGGACGUGUGGAAGUACAGGUGUUCAACCGCUGGGGUUCUGUUUGUGAUGACUCCUUUGAUGGCAGAGAGGCCAAUGUGACCUGUCGUAUGCUUGGCUUCAUGAAUGGCGGAGCGGUGUUGAGAAGCAGGACGUUUGGAGGAGGACGUGGACCAAUCUGGUUAGAUGAUAUGGAGUGUCGAGGGACUGAGCCUAACCUAGUCAGCUGUACACAUAAGCCGUGGGGGGUCAACAACUGUGACCACAGCGAGGACGUGGCCAUCGCUUGUACACCAAACAAUGUGCCACCUAUCCGGGGGCGUUUAGCUGGAGGACAAAACAGUAAUAGUGGGCGUUUGGAGAUUAACUACAAUGGUGUGUGGGGUACUGUUUGUGAUGACUCUUGGAACAAUGCUGACGCAGCUGUAGCCUGCAGAAUGUUAAAUCUCCCAUUCUCCGGAGCUGUUGCCAUUUCUAAAGGUGGAUUCGGCCCCGGUACAGGCCAGAUUAUCCUAGAUGACGUAAACUGUGUUGGAACGGAGAGUUCCCUGUCUACAUGUCAGCAUUCUCCUUGGAGCCAAAACAAUUGCGACCAUUCUGAGGACGCUGGCGUCAUUUGUCAAGCAGGUAAUGCCAAUACGGCUAUUCGAUUAUCUGGAGGAAGCGGGCCCUUUGAAGGUCGUCUGGAAGUCUUUUACAAUAAUACAUGGGGUACCGUGUGUGAUGAUUCCUUUGGCAAUCAAGAGGCACAAGUGAUCUGUAAACAACUUCACUUCCAAGGAACUGGAGCUCGAGCUAAGGGCAAUGCCUUCUUUGGGCAGGGUACAGGGCCAAUUUUGUUGGAUGAUCUCGAUUGUACUGGCAGGGAAAGAAACCUUGCACUCUGUGGACACAGGGGAUGGGGUAAAAACAACUGCGAUCACACCGAGGAUGUGUCUGUCAUCUGUGCAUCUGGAAACCCUACCCCUAACACCACACUUCGCCUGGUUGGUGGGACGAGUAACCUAGAGGGGAGACUGGAAGUACUUCACUCAGGCACCUGGGGAACAGUCUGUGACGAUUACUUUGACAAUGUAGCUGCCGGUGUUGUUUGUAAAAUGUUACAUUUACCAUGGCGUGGUGCACAGGCCCGUGCAAAUGGAUUCUAUGGAAGUGGUACGGGCAGGAUUUGGCUAGAUGAUGUCGUAUGUCAUGGCAACGAAACCAACUUGGCCUACUGUCGUCAUCGCCUAUGGGGCACCACCAACUGUGAUCAUACAGAAGAUGUAGGAGUGGUGUGUGGCCAGUUACAACGCCCACGGAUAAGGCUAACUAACGGCUCCUCAACAUCCCAGGGACGACUUGAGAUUUUUUACAACAAUACAUGGGGAACAGUCUGUGACGAUAGCUUCGACAAUGACGCCGCUGGUGUAGUCUGUCACAUGCUUGGCUUCAGACGGGAUAAAGCGUUAGCCCUCUCUAAUGCUCACUUUGGACAAGGAACGGGACCGAUAUUGCUCGAUGAUGUUGGCUGCACGGGCACUGAGAACAAUAUUCUUCAGUGUCGCAACAAAGGCUGGUAUCAGAACAAUUGCGGUCACAAUGAGGAUGUAGGAGUCAUUUGCAACUCAGGCCGAGCCCACUUACGUUUGGCUGAUGGCAGGACUAGUAAUCAGGGUCGAGUAGAAAUCCAGAUAGGCGGAACCUGGGGAACGGUAUGUGAUGACAGCUUUGAUGAAAAUGCUGCUAAGGUCGUCUGUAGAAUGUUGCAUAAGCCAUCACGUAACGCAGUACCAGUGACCGCAGCAGGGUUUGGACUGGGACAAGGUCCUAUCUUUCUGGACGAAGUGCGCUGUUACGGCAAUGAAACAGACAUCCUUACCUGCAACACCAAUCCAAUAGGAACCAACGACUGUGACCACUCCGAGGACGUAGGGGUUAUCUGUACUAACAAUCAGCAGACCAAUGUACAAGUACGACUGACAGGAGGGCCAAAUGGAAACGAAGGACGACUCCAGGUCAACUACAAUCACCAGUGGGGAUCUGUGUGUGACGACAGUUUUAACGAUUCUGCUGCUGCUGUUGUCUGUACCAUGCUGCGAAUCAAUUUCGUUCAUGCGAGAGCAGUACCUGGUAUUCGAUACAACGUGUCUAAUCCAGGACCCAUUUGGAUGGACGAUGUCAAAUGUUCCGGAAGAGAAGCAUCCAUUACCGGCUGUCAGCGAAGUCCCUUUGGUACCAAUGAUUGUGACCACACAGAAGAUGUUGGCGUCAUCUGCGAAACAGCCCAGUCCCUUCAGGUAUCGGUGCGUCUGGUAAACGGAACAAACGGUAACAACGGCCGAGUAGAGGUACUACACAACAAUGUAUGGGGAACUAUCUGUGAUGAUGGUUGGGGUGUCGCCGAAGCAACCGUCAUUUGCCAACAAUUGGGAAAGCCAACGUCGGUGGUGGUUCCUGUGUCCAAUGCAUUUUAUGGGGCAGGAAGUGGGCCAAUCUUGGUCGACGACAUUGACUGCGUGGGUAACGAGACAAGUAUUGCUUUGUGUCAGAGGAAACCCUGGGGUAUCAGUGAUUGUUCACAUCAGGAAGAUGCCGGAGUCAUGUGUUACGCGAGAAAUCCAAGCACGACGGUAUCAGUACGUCUGGUUGGGGGUCUGUCCCAUAGCCAAGGACGUGUCCAGGUUAGGUACAAUGGCGUAUGGGGAUCUGUAUGUGACGAUUCAUGGGAUAACAGAGAUGCCAUGGUCAUUUGUCGUAUGCUUGGAUUUAGCACCACUGGUGCGAGGGCGCUCCAAAAUAUAGGGACAGGGCGGGGCCCUAUAUGGAUGGACGAUGUAGAAUGCUCUGGUGCUGAAAGGAACAUCCAGAACUGUACGUUCAAAGGUUGGGCCGAGAACAACUGUGACCACUCAGAGGAUGCUGGUGUCUAUUGUAAUGAUGGUCGAACUGUCAACGUACCUAUAAGAUUAGUCAACGGUCCAUCAGCCAUGGAAGGACGAGUAGAGGUUCAAUACAACAGAAUUUGGGGAACAGUAUGUGAUGACUACUGGUCAAAUGCCGACGCGCAGGUUGUAUGUAGGAUGUUAGGAUACUCCACAGAUGGCGCUCAGGCCUUCAAUCAGUCCAGAUAUGGUCAAGGGAAUGGACAUAUCCUGAUGGAUGACGUCAGAUGUGUAGGUACAGAGAGAAACAUAGGACAAUGCCAGUUCCAGGGAUGGUCUAUCAACAACUGUGAUCAUUCUGAAGAUGCAGGUGUUCGUUGUAACCCAGCUGGAACCGUAACGACCAACGUGCAAGUAAGGCUGGUGAAUGGAUCCAACAGCAAUGAGGGUCGAGUGGAAGUCUUCUACAACAACACUUGGGGCACAAUUUGUGACGACUACUGGGGAGCAGUGGACGCAAAAGUGAUUUGUCGCAUGCUUGGCAAACCUACUAUUGGAGCUGUUGCCAAAACGAACGCAUUCUACGGACCCGGAGCUGGACCUAUACUGUUGGACAAUGUUAACUGUUUGGGAAACGAGACAAGUAUUUCUCAGUGUGGAAAUCGUGGAUGGGGUAUAAACAAUUGUGGUCACAGAGAGGAUGCUGGCGUCAUAUGUGCUGGCCGUACCCAAGUGACUCCUGUGCGUCUUGUCGGUGGAGUUAGCCGUUACGAAGGUCGUUUGGAGGUGUACCAUGCAGGAGUGUGGGGUACCGUAUGUGAUGAUAUGGCCAGUUUCCACACUGCUACAGUUGUUUGUAACCAGCUUGGGUACUCAGGCGGCAUUCCAUCUUUUCGAGGCAAUGCAUUCUAUGGAGCAGGAACAGGCAGGAUAUGGAUGGAUGACUUGCGAUGUUCUGGUACAGAGAUAUCGCUCGAUGGUUGUGACUUUAACCAGCCGUGGGGCACUAAUGAUUGCGAUCACAGUGAGGACCUUGGAAUUGUUUGUAGGACUCCAACUGUACCCCUAAGACUGGUGGAUGCAAGUGGGAAUCCCAAUCAGGGCCGCGUUGAGAUUCGAGUCAACAAUACGUGGGGAACCGUGUGCGAUGAUAUGUUCAACUCGGUCUCGGCUGGCGUCGUGUGUGCCAUGCAAGGAUACAGCAGGACGGGAGCUAUAGCAAAAGGUUCGGCCUACUUUGGUUCCGGAAGUGGGCCUAUUCUCCUGGACGAUGUACACUGUGUAGGAGGCGAGGCCAACAUACUUCAAUGUGCUUCUAAAUCAUUUGGAAUCAACGACUGUUCUCACGGGGAGGAUGUUGGGGUCAUAUGUCGAGUUGAAUCGAUUCCGAUGCGCCUAGUAGGUGGACCAAACCGUAUGAGUGGACGACUGGAAAUAUUACACAACGGCACUUGGGGAACGGUUUGUGACGAUUAUUGGACCUCCUCACAAAAUGCCAAGGUUGUCUGUCGCAUGCUGGGUUAUCCAACUGUUGGAGCAUACUCACGCUCGAGAGCCUUCUUUGGACAAGGAACUGGACAAAUAUGGCUGGAUGAUCUCCGGUGUAGUGGUAAUGAAAGCUCAAUUUCGAUGUGUUCCCAUCGUCCUUGGGGCUUAAAUAACUGUCACCAUACAGAAGAUAUUGGUGUUGUAUGUUCAGCAACAACAACUCCUGCGAUAACCACGCAACAUGUGACACGACCUCCUCCGUCGACACCGAACCCCAGUCAGGUGUUCGUGCGUCUCGUCAAUGGUAACUCUGCCAACGUAGGGCGUGUGGAAGUGUUUGCUAGCAACAAGUGGGGUACUGUGUGCGAUGACCUCUGGAGUAGUAACGACGCGGGAGUCAUAUGUCGGAUGCUUGGCUACAGCAGUACUGGAGCUAUACCAAAGGCGCGGGCACAGUUUGGACAGGGAUCAGGACAGAUAUGGCUGGACAACGUCAACUGUUCUGGUGCUGAAUCGUCCAUCACGGCAUGCCACUCAAAUGGCUGGGGUGCUCAUAACUGUGGUCACCAAGAAGAUGCCGGAGUAGUCUGUUCCACCGGCCAAAUUCCAAAUAACUUCCUACUUGUGACGGAUACCACAGAUAGACAGGUAUACCGUAUGGACAUAAACACUCAGAGCUACGUCACUAUUCCACUAAGUAACCAUGACAACCCAAUUGCAAUCGAUUACAAUCCUACCACAUACCGGAUCCUCUGGACUGACGUCGGAUCGAAGCAGAUUCGUAGGGCGUCACUCAACGGCUUUUCAGAGCAGACCAUUCGUCAACUUUCUCGAAAGGCAGUAAUGGACGGCAUUGCAGUGGAUGUCGUGUCUGGAUUGGUAUUUUACACCGACACCGGAAAUGAUGUAAUUAUUGUCAUGACUAUCGCCGGAACCGUACAGAAAACCAUCAUCAACCAGAAUCUGGACCAACCGAGGGCUAUAGUCACAGAUCCACAAAAUGGAGUGAUAUACUGGACAGAUUGGGGAGCCAGACCUAGAAUAGAGCGGGCUAACUACGAUGGCACGGGGAGAACUGCAAUCAUAAACUCAGGGCUUAAAUGGCCGAAUGCAUUAGCAGUAGACGUUCAGGGCAACAAAUUAUAUUGGGCUGACGGUGGUCUUAAUAAGAUAGAAUCGGCUAACCUUGACGGGAGUCAGCGAACUCUCCUCCUUGAUGAGAGCACCAGUCGUCCUAUAGCUCAUUACUUUGGCUUGGCCUUGCUCAGUGGUCAAUUGUACUUUACAGAUUGGUCUCGCACUUCAAUUAUGACUAUGGGCAUUGACGGAUCCAAUCCAAGACCAUUUGGACCUGCAGCCUUUGGAAGACUCAACGAUAUUCAUGCGCAUAAUAACGGGAUGGGAUUCACUGGUCAAAACGGAUGUUCCACAGGGAAGGGUGGAUGCAGCCAUUUAUGUUUACCUAAGGGAGCUAAUAACCAUAUAUGUGCCUGUCCAGACGGUCUUACACUGCAGCCAAAUGGACUCAGUUGUGGUCAAGCUGUUCCGUGUUCAAGCUUACAGGCUCCACAGAAUGGCCAAAUCACUCCGGCCAAUUGUACCAGUGGUCAAUCAGGUGGAGGAGCUGUUUGUCAAGUGUCAUGUAACGCUGGGUACUUCUUGUAUGGUCAAUCAAAUGUAACCUGCUUAUCCAAUGGACAGUGGAGUAAUUAUGGACAAAACUUUAUAUGCCGAGACAACCAGCCACCGGUAGUUACAUGCCCAGCAAACAUGCAAGUCAGCGCCAACAAGGGAGCACAGACAGCAACCGUUACAUGGCAAAAACCCACGGCCACUGACAAUUCCGGUUCCAACGUGGUCGUGUUCCAGAACAUGCAAUCUCCAACCACUCUUGGCGCAGGAACCUACACAGUCAAUGCGAUGGCUUAUGACCCAUCUGGGCAAUCCGCAUCCUGUAGCUUUACUAUCAAGGUCACAGUGUUGACUUGUCCACCAUUAAACCCUCCUACCAAUGCGGUCAUUGCCUCACCAACUUGCGGGUCUUACUACGGGGCAUCCUGUCAGAUCAGUUGUCAAUCGGGGUACCAGUUAAAGGGCAACUCGUACGUUUCAUGUGAUAAGAGCGGAACAGGAAGCCCAGCGUGGACACUCGCAGGAAGGUCAUGCGUGCUGUUGACAUGUCCUAAGCCACUGUUGCCCGGAAAUGGUAAGAUCACAUCCUGUACGUCUCCGUAUACAGUAGGAACCUUGUGUGUCCAGUCCUGUAAUAAAGGAUUCUCAGCCAUCGGUGGAACAACCAACCUCCAAUGUCAGUCAAACGGCGUUUGGGCUGGCCAAACCCUUACGUGCUCCUACGGUGCGACUGGUUCAGGUUCCGCGGCAGCACUCCGCUCUGGGUCCUCUUCCUCUUCCUCCUCGUCAUCUCUUUCGGAAAGCAGUAUAUCAGGGAUCAUAGCGGGUUCUGUCAUAGGUGUCCUUCUCGUUGUCUUAGUAAUUGCGGCUGUAUUCCUUUACAACAAAAGAAUGCAACAUAAUUUGAUAGCCGGUACAGGUGGAGCACGGAGUUAUGAGAUGGGAGGAAUGAGCAACCCUAACUACAGCAGCACUUCCAACUGA